GUGGAGUGAAAAAGUCCUACGGAAAAGAACACACUGGCCUAGCCACAGUAGGCCACACAAUGAUCAAUUUUGCUACAUAACAGUCGACAUUAGCGGCAUCCCCGUCCGGCAUCUACAUCCGGUAUCACUCAGUACGUCAUCAGGCCACACACUUGUGGGCCCACCGUUUUCACCAUCCAUAGUAGGUUCCCUUAGUUCCGGGGCGGUCCCACCAACCAUGGGUGUGUGCCUGUGCAAGGACAAGGUCGAGGAAGGAUUCAUCGACGACAGCAGUCGCGACUCGUACGUGGGCAAUGGCAGCGACACGGGACGGCUGGCCGGAAGCGGAAACUCCGGCGGACCCAACGGAGGAACGCACGUACGCAACUGCUCCCGAUCGGAUCGGCAGGCAGCUUCCCUUUCCGACACCGUCGACGAGCUGGUCAAGGAAACGCUCGAGAUAAUCGGCACCAUCGUGGACAAUGAACCGGAAACACCAAACUCGAUGGUGUUGCUACACGAUAUCACCGACAAACCGACCGGCUGGAUACAGCUGGUCAAGUCACUCAUUCGCGUCGUACCGCUCGAUAACCCGAUGGGGCCGAGCGUCAUAACGCUACUGCUCGACGACAGCCCGCUACCGUCGAAGGACUCCGUGCUCAAGGUGGCCGACAUGAUCACGCGUUCGAUACGGCGGACGCCGAAGCGCGAACGCAACAUGUGCGUCAUAUUGGGCUUUCUGGCGGAGCGGCUCGCCGGCCCGUGCAGCAUCUCCGUCCUGUCGGAUGUAACACUUGGCUAUUUGCUCGGAAACUUGGACGAAGGGAUCCAUCCGGAUGUGAUGCUGUUUUCGUUGAUUGCUUUGGAGAAGUUUGCUCAAACGAGUGAAAAUAAGGUUACAAUUAGGCGGAAACUGGCACUGUAUCCUGAAAACCCGCUCACGCGCCUAGAAAGACACACUUCGAGCAACGACUAUACGCUGCGCCAGGUUGGCUUUUGUGCCGAAUGGUGUCUGGAUAACUAUUUCCUCAUUGAAGGUCGCGGGUACUCGUACGAGGUGGCCGACCUUAGCAACGUGAACGUGAUGUUGAACACGCGGGACGUGAGCGAGUACCUGAAGAUCUCCGCCGAUGGGCUGGAAGCGCGCUGUGACGCUUACUCGUUCGAGAGUGUCCGCUGCACGUACCAGGUCAACGCGGGCUGCUGGUACUACGAGGUGGAGAUCAUCACGCCGGGCGUGAUGCAGAUCGGCUGGGCGACGAAGGACUCGAACUUCCUUAGCCACGAGGGCUACGGUAUCGGUGAUGACGCGUACUCGAUCGCGUUCGACGGCUGCCGGAAGCUGAUCUGGCACAAGGCGCGAUCAAUGCAGCACAAUCUACACAUCUGGACGGGUGGGUCAGUGCUCGGUUGCCUGCUGGAUCUCGAUACACGCCAGGUGAUCUUCAGCCUGGACGGGGUCGAAGGUGAAGUGCUGACGCAACUGUUCGAUUCCGCCGGUCCCCUGGAUGGGUUCUUUGCGGCCGCCUCGUUUAUGUCAUUCCAGCAGUGUCGCUUCAACUUUGGUUCGCUACCGUUCAUCUACCCACCGAAGGGUCGACCGUUCAAGAGUUUUAACGAUCAUGCGGUGCUUAGCGAGCAAGAUAAGGUCGUACUACCACGCCAUCUCUUUCUGGAGCAGCUGCGCAAGCUGAGUGUCCGCGAAGACUCCUGUACGCUUUGCUUCGACAUGAAGGCGACCGUGCGGAUAGAACCGUGCAAGCAUCGGGGUUUCUGCACGAACUGUGCUGCCCUACUGCAGUUUUGUCCGAUGUGCCGGGCGGAAAUCAUCAGCACGGUGCAGGAGGAGGAAGUAGCCCCCGAUGCCAGCCCGCACUCGGAGGAAGCGGAACCGAAGCAAAUGGAAGAGCCGUCGGCACCUAUAGUGAACCAAUAGGACAGCGACUACUCUUUCGAGUAAAUGUAUCUUUUUCACGAUUUUUCGUGUCACAAAUCGGCAUAUAUUAAGAUGGAUUUUAUUUCCUUACAAAAAUACCCUCGCUUCUUCCCGUUUCUGGUAGUACUGGCAAGGUAGCCAAUUGUGAUACUAAACUCUGUAGAGAAGAAGAGAACUAAUAGAACGCACGUCGUCUCAACAUUA